CUUAUGAAAUAAUUUUAUAGAAAUUUCUACAAUAUUUUGUUAUGUGUGUAAUCUUCUUCAAAGGCGUAAGCGAGUUUGGAAACUUUUGGUUUAUGACUAAUAAAUCAAUGUCAGAAGUUUUCUGAAAGGGCGAACAUUGUAUUUGUCCCUAGGAACUUUCUUUCAACUUUCGUUCAUUCGUCGUGUAAACUUCUGUGAAAUAAAGACGCGUCGGCAUCGCGUCGGCAUCGCGUCGUAUCGAUAGUCGUAUCGGUCGGCAUAUUUAUGCAAAUACUUCACCUUUACAAGCUAAAUAAGGAAUAAAACGAACUACUAAAAUCGAAGCACUGUGACAGUCGAUCAAUCAUCGUGCCGACGUAAAUAACGUGUAACUCAAGCGUAUUUUACGCGAAGAAAACGUGAUACAGAUUUUUACACACAUGGCGCAGCCGGCAAGCAACGCUGCUCGGCCGUCCUCGGCGGCAAUACUGUUGAAAUAUGGAAUCGAUGUGAAAGAAGCAUUGGAUUACGGGACGUUCCAAAAGACCUGUGUUCAGAUAUUCGGUACGAACGAGGUCGAGAAGCACGAAUGGAGAGUACGCGAGGUCUUCGAGCUGUUCGACGCGAAUGCGGACGACGUAUUGACCGAGCAGGAAUUACACAGAUGCUGUAAUUGGAUACGUGAGAUUGUAAAUCCUGUCAAUGUUUUGUUAGUUGUCGAUGUGCAAAAUGAUUUUAUCGACGGUACGUUGGCACUUCGAAAUGCCGGUUAUGGGCAGGAAGGAACGGAAGUGAUAGAACCGAUAAAUCGACUUUUAAACAAUGGCCGUUGGAACAAAGUGAUAUAUUCGCAAGAUUGGCAUCCCCACAAUCACAUUAGCUUCUUUGAAAAUUUGGCGAUGCGCGAACUUCAUUCAGAAUCUAAAGUCACUAAGGAAAUAGCAAAACCAUUUGACACCGUUGUCUUUUCACAACCUUAUUUAAAGCAAAUACUUUGGCCAAGACAUUGCGUUAUGAACACGUGGGGCGCAGAGUUACACAAAGAUCUACUGAUAUUAUCUUCUUCGGAACGGAUAUAUAAGGGUCAACAUUCAGAUAAGGAAUCAUAUUCAGCGUUUGAAAAAGAAGCGGAUGGUUCCUCGAAGCUUGAAAAGAUUUUAUCAUCCAUUGGCGCUACACAUAUAUAUGUUUGUGGUCUCGCAUAUGACGUAUGUGUCAAAGAGACGUGUUUAGAUGGCCUGCGGUUGGGUUAUUCUAUAACUGUUAUUGAUAAUUCUUGUCGCGGUGUAAAACCUGAUGAUAUAAUAAUGGCAAAAAAAUUAAUCAUCGAGAAUGGUGGUUCAGUGGCAUGCACUGACCGCGUUUUGUCCAUGGUGAACGAAGGCAAAUGUAGCUUAGUGAUGGCACAUCGUACCGCAAGGAUUAUAAGAGAAAAAAAUAUUCUGUAAUAUCAUCUACAAAAUUGUUUUCUAAAAUGUA